AAAAAAAAAAAAAAAAAAUUGCCCAAAGAUGAAAAUCAGAAGUCUAAGUCACAAAGACACAAAUUAGGCAAAGCUCACAAAUUGUUUGAUAUUUUUGGUGUAGUGAAGAAUUUGAUCGGAAAAUGAUAAGAACACGGCUGUUAUGGUUCACUUCCGGCAUGCUCGUCACCGGAGGCGCCAUUGCUUACUACCUUCAUCAAGACCUUUCUAAAGAUCGUUUCCUCCUCGUCAAUCAAUUGAAAGACAAUUUUGGAGCUCUAGAAACCAGGGUCUCCACUCUUGAAUCUGUUCCUCAUAAUUCAAAUGUUCAGGAUGGAGCCAGUUCGAGCUGAAUUGUUAGCUUGAGGUCUUGCAGCGUAGCUACUUUGUUGUAGUGGAAUUAAUGGAAAAUACGGCUGGAACAUUGUAAUUUCUUUGUUGGAAAUUGGAAAAUCGCUACUGAGAAACUUUCAUAUGAUUUAUCUAGAAGGCACAAUCUUUUUGUUCCUAUCUGUGUCUACUCUAGUUCUUGUUUGCUCUUCUGGUUGAUCAAGUGUGAUAAGUGAUAACCACGAGGCCAUGAUUGAGUUGAACUGUUUAAGAAUAAGAAUUUCUUUCUUUUCUGUGUC